CCAUGCAAUACCAGGCCGGCGGGCCGGCGCCCGGGCCUCCUCAGCCGCUGUACGCGCCCACGCCGCUGCUGCAGCCGGUGCACCCCACGCCCUUCUACAUCGAGGACAUCCUGGGGCGAGGGGGCGCCCCCGGGCCGCCGCCGCCCACCCUGCCCUCGCCCAACUCCUCCUUCACCAGCCUGCCCGCCUCCCCCUACCGCGGCGCCCCCCUCUACGAGCCCACCCCCCUCCACCCGGCCUUCGCCCACCCCCUCGCCGCCGCCUACGCCGCCGCCGGAGCCUACGCCGCGCCCGCCGGGAGCCCCCUCUACCCCUUCCCCCGCGCCCUCGGAGACUACUCCACCGCCCUCCUGCGCCACCACGACCACCUCGGGAAGCCGCUGCUGUGGAGUCCCUUCAUGCAGAGGCCGCUGCACAAGCGGAAGGGCGGCCAGGUGCGCUUCUCCAACGACCAGACCAUGGAGCUGGAGAAGAAGUUCGAGACGCAGAAGUACCUCUCCCCGCCCGAGAGGAAGCGCCUGGCCAAGAUGCUGCAGCUCAGCGAGAGGCAGGUCAAGACCUGGUUUCAGAACCGACGAGCGAAAUGGAGACGCCUCAAGCAGGAGAACCCUCAAGCCAACAAAAAAGAAGAAUCUGAGAAUGGGGACAGCCAGGAUCCGAGACAAGAGAGCUGUCUAAGCUGUGAGCCAGAUAAGGAGGUGUCACCCAACCUGCCACGGUACACCCCCUCACCAGCUUCCCAGGAAGAGCUUGAGUCUGACAUCUCAGAUGAUUCUGACCAAGAGGUGGACAUUGAAGGUGACAAGAGUUAUUUCAAUGACCCCAACCAGUAGGGACCCUCUUUUUCUUUGAAUGAACCUUCUCUCCGCUUGCACUUUAAGAGGAGUUGGCUUGACCAAAAACAAUUUUAUGUCAAAAAAAAAAAAGAAAGACAAAAUCCUUUGAACUGAGAGGGAAAAUUAACACAUUUUAUAACUCUAACAGUGUUUUUGUUCAGACAAUCUAUUGAUAAAGGAAGAAGCCCAUUUUUAAAUCAUGACAUUUGUAUACUGAUAAGUUUUACAUUCACUUGGGAAUAUAAUGUUAAAUCCUCCUCCAGGAAUUGCUGUGUUUUGGUCUCAUAAUCCUUAGCAAGAUGUGAAAACCAUGUUUGAUUUCAUAGGGAGAAUUUCACAUCUGACAUGCAACCUUUUGCAAAAAUUUCCCAGAGGUAAAGCUCUGCAGAGAACUGAAACAUAGUUUUAUCUGUUGGUCAAGAGCCAACAUGAUGUACUGGUUCACAUGGACUGGGUUUGAAUUCCUACUUUGCCAUGGAAGCUUGCUGAGUGACUUUGGCCAGUCAUUCUCUCUCAGUCUAACCUACCUCACAGGGUUGUUGUGAGGAUAAAAUGGAGGAAGGGAGAGCUAUUUAUACUGUCCUGAACUCCUUAGAAGGAGGGCAGGAUAACGAGGAAUAGGUAUGGCCUAUGAAGUGCCUUCUGCCUUCAGGAUGGGUUCUGAGUAUGCAUUCUUGCUUUAGAACACAAGAGGAGAUCGAGGUCUGCCUAAUCCACCAUUCUUUGCAAGAAUUUCUGCAGACAACAUCAACUACUGUCUACCUUCUGCUCACCACCACUGCCUCAUUGUUUAAAAGAACCUAAGAAGAUCUCUGCUGGAUCAGAUUAAUGAGCCAUCUGAACCAUGGUCUAGCUAUGGAGAGCACAGUGGCCACCUCCUGCUAUUCUUCAGCAAUGGACAUUCAGACACUUCUUGCCUCUCAAUGUGGAGAUCCCAUUCAACAGCCAUGGCUUAUACCCUGUGUGGCUGUGUCCUUCAUGAAUUCAUCCUGCCCUUUUAGUGGCCAUGACCACAUCCAUGACAGUGAGUUCCACAGGUUAUUUGUGUGGGAAGACGUAUUUUUUUUUUUGUCUGCCUGGACUGAAGAAGUAUUUUGCUUCAGAACAUAUUACGUUGUCUUACCGUGAAUCAGACCAUUCUUUGUUCUAACUCAGGAUUGUUUUCUCUGACUGGCAGCAGUUCUCCUGGGUCUUUCCCAACACCUCCUACCUGUGUACUUUUAAACAUGGAGGACUAAACCUGGGACCUUUCAUGCAAAGCAUGUGCUCUGUCACUGAGCCAUAGCUUUGCUCUCCAACCAUGCAAUACUCAGGCCACAGCUAGUGUUGGGUUUUGUUAUUUAUCUUUAAAGAUGUCUAGCAGUUAAAGGCCCACUCCUAGAGAGAUGUUCAUGAUGAACAUAUGAAGCUGCCUUAUACUGAAUCAGACCCCUGGUCCAUCAAAGUCAGUAUUGUUUUCUCAGACUGGCAGCGGCUCUCCAGGGUCUCAAGCUCAGGAUUUUCACACCUAUUUGCCUGGACCCUUUUUUUGGAGAUGCCAGGGAUUGAACCUGGGACCUUCUGCUUCCUAAGCAGAUACUCUACCACUGAGCCACCGUUCCUCCCCAACAUGAUGUUGUGCAAACCUAUUGCAGCAAAAAUAAAUAGGCACCUGAAAAAUUUACACAGUUUUACUCCAGUCCAGGUGUUUGUAAACUAGAACCCACUUCCUCAGAUGCAGUGCAGUGGCUUUCUAUACCAGAUAUUGGGAGAGGAAAAAAACAGCAGCCAGGGUCAAUGAGCUGUGAAAUGCAGGAAGUGCAGGGGGAAGUGUUCAGACAAGAGACCAUCCACUAGUUUUUCUAAGUGAGCUAAAACCUAUACCAAAGGCCCCCUUGAUCCUGCUUUUCAUUUUUCAAACCUCGUAUUGGAUUUCAUUGAAUCUGGGGCACACAACCUUUCUCUGGAAUAACAUUGCUAGUCUUGAAGGCUUCCGAUUGCUUUCAUGUAUAAACCAGGCUCUUACAUGUCGGAAUUCUGAUGUUCAGGGCUUUUUUUGUGGGAAAAGUCCUGCAGGAACUCAUUUGCAUAUUUGACCACGCCCCCUGAUGUCAUCAUAGUUUCACAAAGGACUUUUGUAGAAAAAGCCCUGCAGGGGCUCAUUUGCAUAUUAGACCACACACCCUGAUGUCGAGCCAUCUGGAACUGCGUUCCUGUGCGUUCCUACUUUAGGGGAGGGGGGAAAUAACCCCUGCUGAUGUUCUUCUGGAAUCAAAUUGAAAAAGCUGAAGGAGAACGCAGUUGAAUAGGGAGGCAGAAGCCACUAGUGACCAUCUUUUUGUCUAUAGUUUCUUUUUCUUCUUUCAGGAACAGAUUGUUCAAGCCUCAGGAACAAUUAAUCCCUGAAGGGGAGAGAAGAUAAGGGGUGUGUGGGUGUGGGGGGCCCCUCCUGUUUUCCUGUGUGGUUGUCUAUGACCCCAUCUAGCUAUCUUGCCCUAUGGAGGAUAUUCAGUGGGCUUUGACCCAAGAAGAUGUUAUGUGUUUUUUUAAAGGAUUGCUGUCCACAUAUGAAGCUGCCUUAUACUGAAUCAGACCACGGGUCCAUCAGGAUCAGUGCAGCCUACUCUGGUGGGCAGCAGCUCUCUGGGGUCUCAGGAAGACGUCUUUCACAUCAUCAGCUACUGGAUCCCUUUAACUGGAGACACUGGGGACUAAAACCAGGACCUUCUGCAUGCCAAGCCAAUGCUCUACCACUGAGUCACAGCCCCAUUUCAAGAAACCCAAGGAAACCUAAACUGAUCUACUCAGAAUCUUGCUCAGGUCUAUUUAACGGGACUUGCUACCAGGAAAGUGGUUUUAGGAUUACACAGUGAAGGUCUGUCCCUUUUGCCACAAGCUUCAUUAGUCAAGCCACGACCUCUCAGCCUACUGGCUGCAGGUUGUUUUUUUUUUUUUGCCGUCAAGUCACAGCUGACUUAUGGUGACCCCAGAGGGUUCUCAAGGCAAGAGACAUUCCGAGGUGGUUUGCCAUUGCCUGCCUUUGCGUCAUGACCCCGCUAUUCCUUGGAGGAUGGGUGUGAAGUGGCUUGAGCCUUUAAACGUGAAGUUAGCUACAUCAACAGUCGCUCCUGUCUCCCCUGGAGCAUCCCACACAGUUCACACCUGCUUAGGAAACGAAGGAUUCAACUUCCCCCCUCCCAUGAAGCUCUUGGGCCUUGAAACAGCUGCAAUCCACUGGCCCUUUGCCCAUCACAGCUGGUUUUCUGCCUUUGACUAGGUUAUUAAAGAACACAGCUGCACGGCUGUGCGAGUGAGCCAAUGGUCUAUCUCUAACUAGUAGCCAAAAUGAAUUAGAAUUAAAGUUAUGAACUGUGGGCUGCUUUCCUACCUGGAAAAAUAGGAUGGACGUAGCCUUGCAGGUGUUUGUUGUGCCUGCGGUUUGUAUUAUGUACAUAUUGUUUAAAUGCAGACAGCCCGGUAUUUAAUACAUUUUUUUGGAUGAAUUUGCUUGUGAAAUAAAUCUGGAUGAAGGCC